AUGACAUCCACAUCCGCAUCGCCCUCCCAACCCCCCGACCCAUCAUCAUCAUCAUUCCGCUUCCCCCGCGAAUACCACUUCCCCGCCUUCUUCACCCCCCAGCCCAACCUCACCACCCACCACGCCCAACUCACCAAAUGGUCCUCCCUCAUCCUCGCCUACGCCAAACACCACCGCCUCUUCAAGCUCUCCCUCUCAUCGGCCGCCGAGUCAGACCUCUUCUCCAACCGCCGCAUCAACCGGCACCUCGGCCCCGCCGACAUCCGUCAGGUCAUCGACUUUAUGCGCAAGGACGGCCGGGCAGAGUACGCAGGCGGGGACAAGGUCAAGGAGGGAGGGGAUGUGGUGUACGUGUAUUGGAGGAAGCCAGAGGAAUGGGCUGGGUUGGUCGAGGCGUAUGUUGAGGAUACGGCGCAAAAGGGGAGUGUGCUGACGGUUUAUGAGUUGACUGAUGGGGAGGGCACCCGUGGAACUGAAUUACAUGGCAUGGACAACGACGUUUUGCUCAAGGCCCUAAACGUCCUUGUCAAGCGAGGCAAAGCACAAAUAUUUGGCUCCGAGGACUCUCUUGGUGUAAAGUUCUUUUGA